UAAGAUUCAUUUUAUCUUUUAUAACAAAUUUUUGUUUGCUCAAACUCUUAUGUGGCGUAAACUUAUUUCCAUCAGUGUAGUGUUGUGUUGCUGCUUAGCAGACACAUUUUUACUUGGUGCGUCCAAAACCCCUAUUGUGUCGCAGUAUUGAGGCGUGUGAAGCACGUCGCAAGUGCAAAAGCGCACCGCCACCAUCUAUUCUUAACCUUCCACCAUCCGCCGUAACGCGUCCUAGAUCGACGCGGUCUCUUUCCCAUUUUUCCCUUUGCACUUGUCGUUUCGCAUAUCGCUGAUCGCUGCAGUGUCAGAGAGAUGUCACUGCGUGCGGUGCCGCUCUGCCUUCCCUGCCCCAAUAUGGCCGAUUAGCCACCGUACGAUCGUGCGUGUCUUGGCUGGCGUUUAACAUUAUUUUCGAAUGACGUCACUUUCGUCAGCGGGUAACGUGCGCGAACCGCGUACACCACACCAGCGAGGGAAUGAAAUUAAUAAAUACAUACGCGUACGAGCCGCGUUGGGCCGCAUCGCGUGUGUAUCACUUUAUACACUCACACACACACACACCUCUACAGUCGAGUGCAGCAAUAAUCAGCAGAUGGAAUAAAAACGAUAGAAAUAUGCGCACUGGAGCGCACAACAGUGAGUGAGUGUGAUAUGUGUUGUUGAUGCCCCGUCCGCUGGUUGACGCGUAUGGUUGUGUGUGUGCGCAGGCGAAAGAAGAAAAAAGAAAAAAAAACACGGGACGGCAGCGAUCGCGGGAGCUGUCAACGGCGUUAUUCAUCAUCAAAGUGUGCUCUGUGUCAUGCAAACGGCGUGUAUAUCCGUGGCUGCGAUCUCCAUGGUUCGAUCCCUACACGCCCUACCGUGUUUGUCCCUGUAACGGGUCGCAGUGUUAGAAGGGUGCAUAAGCUGAGAAUUUGGAUGAAAAUAUGUGGCCGUGGAUAAGUGAUCGGAAAGUGUAUUAUGACGUCUUUGAGCAGCGAUUCGCGCAGCCUCGCCAGUGGUAGCUCCAACGGUGGGGGGGAUGUUGCUAACAACAAUCACCUUCCAAAGGAUGCGCCUGCAGCGGAUAUUAUCGUGUGUAGGACUAAGAUGCGGGAACGUCCCGCGGUAGGAAAUGGGCAUCUGGCCGGUCGGACGGUGCGUAACGCUAGGGACGAUCAAUACAAGCAACAGUGCGACGCAGUCGAUACGCAGCAGUGUUGGCCUGCGACCGAAGGCAUGUGUCGUUUAGAAGCGCACCGAACCGCCAGUCCCAGAUCCCAGAAGGAGUCACCGAUGCCGGGUGCUAUGAUGAGCAACGUUCAGUCGCUUGCUGCGGUGACUCCAUCGACGAUCGGCAGCUGCGAUCAUCCUGCACGAUCUGUCGAUUCAUCCGUGUGUACAGCUGGUACCUCAUCAACCACUUCACGGCAUCACCAAACGUCGCCUGGCGACCGGAAUGUUCCUCGUGACCUGACAGAUUCUGCGCCACCAUGUGCUGCGAUGGCGGUCAGUUCGACGGUGGUAGAAUUGGAAGAUCCUUACGCCGAACUGGAAAGGAUACUGGAAAAGGUGCAAGCGGAAAUAUCGGAAAUGUUUGAACAAACCAUGCAGAAGGAAAAUGUAAGCACCGUUGUGGCCGGCAACGGGACAGGAAGCGACAAAAAACGGAAAAACGACUUGAAGACUAAUCAUGACGAAGGGACUGAAUAUCGAAGCUUGGUAAAGGCCGGUCCACAUCUACAAAAACAUCACCAACAGCAGCAGAACGCUAGUCAUCACGUGAAGUAUGCAACCAUACCGCACGCAACUGUUACCCAGCAGAGUAGUGCCGAUGUCGGUGCACUUGCAGCCCAUUUCGGACGCAACAAUCAAUCGGUACCGAUCGACGGUAACGCGAAACGCACCCGAAAUGCGUACGAUCAGCGGUAUCGAUCGCAUGAUCGAAUGGAAAUGGUAAGCUCGACAACGGCUGCCACGACAUCGGCGACACUGCCCAAGCCCAGUACACGCUCGCAGUCGACCGGUGAAACCAUGUCCUCGAGCGGAUAUAGCAGCUACGGACGGUACACGGAACGGUCGGACAGUUUGUCCGACGACAUGAGCCUGCUCGAUGUCGCUGCACCUUCGUGCGACGAUAGUCAGGAAGGUGCCGGUGAUGAUACGACUUCGGACGAGCGUGAACCAAUCGUCGGCGGUGGUGUUCGCAAGCGUCAUCAACAAAAAAAAUCUUCGGUGCUAUCGGGUGCGACUGCAGCGACGAUACCAACGGGUAAUGGUGGACACUAUUACAGUAACAUCGAUCAGCAGCUGCUGUCGAACGAUCGGGGUUUAAAAACGAGCACCAACAGUUUACCAUCCGUUGCGGCCACUGGUGGACACCGGAAUAUGGCACUGCAUCUCAAGUUCAAAUCGCACCAGAGUGCGAUCGAUGCGAAGCGGAAACAAUUCUUCCUGACACUCGAUCAGGAACCGUUUCAACCGCUCAAAUCUAACAUGGCUGAUUUACCAUCGCCGAGCAGCACUUCGCUGCACAGCGGCCACAACCAUUUGAUUGCGGAAGAGCUCGGUUCCAAAUCGAGCUCCGCACCGGUGUUGCUCAAGGAUGAAGAGAACGUUCUAACGGUGGCAAGAGCAAAUUUGCGCUAUUCGAGGUCACAAAGUGAUCGUCAUUUGGCGGAAAUCGAAGCGGUUGAAGCAUGUCGAUGGUUACGUGCCGCCGGAUUUCCACAGUACGCCCAAAUGUACGAAGAUCACCAGUUUCCCAUCGUUGUGGAGGACGUAGCGAAAGAUCAUCCAUUCCUGGAGCCUGAUCCACUGCAAUCACUAUUUCGUCGACUCCACACACUCAAUCGUUGCGCAAAUAUGCAUCUCGACGCUCACCAGCAUACACCAAAACCUUCACACCGCGAUGACUCGGACGAUGAUAGCUGUGCGCUGAGUGAGGCCUGGACAUUCCAACACAAUAGCCGACGCUGGUCCCGGGUGGAUGAUGCGAUCGGUUUGGUCAGUGUGAUAAACAACAAGCAGCAACAGCGCAACUCGCAGAAGGAUGGUGGCUCCAACGUCAAAGGGACCGGUAGCGAUCCGGCUGGACACGGAUCGCAUCAGCAGCGGCGACACAACAACGCCACGCUGCUACGUGCGGAAGAUCACGAAAAGCUGUGGCUCGAAACGGGUGGUAAAAUUACGAUCGGUGUACCGUCCGAUACGGAUUCGCAGGAUGACUGCGGCACGGAUGGACGGAGCGGUGUACAUCUAAGGCGUACCGGAAGCGAACGAUUAAAGGACGGUGCUAAAGCAAUUCUACGCCGUGUAGAAUCGAUCAAAUCAAGACGCAGGAAAAAACAGAACCGCGACGGUCUGAUCAUACUAGCGCCACCGGGGGCACACUCGAGUGCGCACCUGUCUCCACACCAUCGUCCGGCCGGUGACGGUAUCGAUGGGUACGGUGGGUCCGGAUUUGAUAUAAUGUCCUACUCCAAUCCUACCUCACCAAGACCGUCGGCCGAAUUGCUCGCAUUUGAUGAUGCGCUCGAUGCGGCUGGCAAUCGAAAGAAAGAUCUAUUCGCAAACGAUCUGCUUGGACGGAGGAAUCUACUCCUGUCACCCAACGUAACCACACCGGCCACGGCCUGGUCACCGUUGCACGGUGGAGAUGGGAAGCGUUUUGCCGACCGUUCGUCUCCUGGUGGUACACUGCCCUUUCGACAACAGGUACAGCUUCAGCAGGAGUCCCGAUCGGGGGAUGAUUCUUCGUCGAUAUGUAGCGAAGAUAGUGGAGGCGGUCCGGGGGCUGACUUUAACGCUACCAAUCGGUCAGAAAAAUCGACCACACGCAAAUAUCCGCGUGCGAAGAAAGCGUUACGCAGCAAAGUAAUAACAAGCACUGUGGCAGAUGAUCAGUCCGGCGGUGGUGCACUUUCCGAUUCCGAAUGUCACACCAAACAGCGUCGUUCGAAAAUUAAGGUGGAGCUCGAUUGCGAUCUGUCGGGUGUAAACGAUGGUGUUUCUACCACAACCGCGGAUGUUAAGGGUGGUAACGUUGGCAGAACCGGUGGAAAUACAUUGACCGCACCGGAUGUUAAUGCUUCCCCAUCGAAACUUCACCGCGGUGGUUCGCUAAACCUUGGCAAAGCUUCCAAACGAUACCGAGACGCGUUCAGCAAUCGUUCUGUGCGGCAUAGCGCAAAAGCGACCGACGAGAGUGGUGACGGUGUAGGCCGCUCCACAAGCAAAAGAUCGACCGUAGCUCGCUGGCAUAGCUUCCAGCAGCCUAAGGUGUCGCCGAUCGAUUUGCAGCAGUCCGAUCAACUAGCCAUCGGGUCGAAAGAUGAUCGCAAACAGCCAAUGUUACAGCGUGGUACCACUAUAGCGCAACUGGUCAGUAGCACCACCCAUAGCAAUGCAAUGACAAUCACCUCUACCACCUCCGUUACCACUACCACCAUCACGUCCAUAUCGGGGAAAUCCCACAAAUCGGUAAAUCUUACCGUGGACGGUAGCCAAAGUUCGAGCGGAGCGUUCACGGAUACGUCCGGCACGGGAUUGCGCAUGUCGGAGAUGUCGUGCGGCCAGUUGCUGGUGGUGCGCAAACUUGGACUGGCCAACCUGACCGGCUACAUGGAGCGCCACUGUCCGACGCACCGGUCGGGGUGGAAUUGGGAUCUGCCAAAGUUUAUCAAGCGCAUCAAAACGCCCGACUACAAGGAUCGCAAGGUGUUCGGGAUGCCGCUGGUGUUGAAUCUGCAAAAGUACGGCAGCACGGUACCGUAUACGAUUCGGUUAGCGUUCGGAUGGCUCGAAAGGAAUGCGCUCGAUCAGGUCGGUUUGUUCCGGAAGCCGGGCGUAAAGUCACGCAUCGCCAAGCUGAAAUCGGUCAUCGAGGCGAGCAAUGAUGUCGGUUGGCGAAGCGAAAUGUUCGACGAGUAUCACGCGUACGAUGUGGCGGAUCUGGUGAAACAAUACUUUCGCGAGCUGCCCGAUCCACUGCUGACGGCUAAACUGUCCGAAACGUUUAUCGCUAUAUUCCAGUAUCUUCCGGACGAGGUGCGUGCAGAAGCAGUGCAAUCGGCCAUUCUGCUGCUGCCGGAUGAACAUCGCGAGGUGCUCCAUUUGCUGUUAACAUUCCUCGAAAAGGUAGUGCAAAACUCGAGCCUAAAUCAAAUGACCGCCAACAAUCUGGCCGUCUGUUUUGCACCUUCGCUCUUCUAUCUGCUGUCUGGGAAUAGAUAUACGGCUGCAUCACCAAGAAGAAAGAAAACGGGCACCGGAUCCGGUCAGCCCGAUGAGAAGGAACUGUCCGAAGCGAAAGCAUCACACGAAUGUUUGGCGUACAUGAUUGAUCGGUUCCAAAGCCUGUGGAUGAUCAGCAAUGAUCAGAUGCGUCGUUGCAACUUCAACUACAUGGACGAAUCGAAACCGGUGCCACUAUCAUCCCUGGGUACGGAAAUGCACGUCCAGAACUGGCGCGGCUAUCUGUCCGAGUCGAUCAACGAGUGUCUGCGUGAGGGGCGCGAACGACCACGUGGUUGGGUGUCACUAAGCUCCACCGAUCCAUCGGUGACCGCAUUCUUCAAAAAGGUGGGCGAUGGCCAUCCGCUACGUCUGUGGAAGUGUGUCACGGAGGUGGAAGCACCACCGAUGGAAGUGAUACAGCAUAUCGUGAACGAACGGCCAUUGUGGGAUGCGUACCUAUUAAAAUGGCGCACAAUCGAACAGCUCGAUCAGGACACCGAUGUGUUCCAGUACGCAUGUGGCCAACCGAUCACCGAGUAUUGUGUCGUCCGACAAUGGAAGAAUGAUCUGCCCCGUGGUGCCUGUGUGAUAGUGGAAGUGUCGAUUUCGCACGAGAAUGCCACCUCGCUGCUGGGCGGUGUGAAUGGCGUUGUGCUCGCUUCGCGCUAUCUAAUCGAACCGUGUGGCAGUGGAAAGUGCAAACUAAUGCAUCUAUCGCGCGUCGAUAUGAAAGGCCGCACACCCGACUGGUACAACAAAAACUACGGACACAUUUGUCAGCAAUAUCUUUCUAAGAUCAAAAAAUUCUUUGAACACUGCACCGAGGGACCUGAAACUAAAGUAUAAUAGCAUCAUCACAUUGGUUGGUAGUUCGAAUGGUCGAACCCGACAGAUAUUAAACCCUUUUCGAAACGGGAAUACCGGAUAAUAUUUUGUACGAACGAACUUUACCUACAAGAAAGUAAUGCAAAAAACCCAGGAGAAAGUAAUCUCAAAACGGUAAAGUUUAAAGGAAGGGGAUUUUUUUGCAACAAAUUUCCGGUACUUUAUGGUGGAGGACAACAAGUACAGAAUCUGUUGCCAAUCUAUCGCACUAAGCGGCUACCAUAUAUUACACAAUAAUGGUAAAACAAAAUGCGAUUAUAGUUUAUCUACAAAAAGAACCAGUUUUUUUCCUGAAACAUUCCAGAAUUUCAUUACCAAGUGCCUAAUGAUAAAAAAUGCAAACAAACAAAAAACACAAACAAAAGUAAGAUUAAGCGUCAUCUAGUGAAGCAGAGAAGCCAAUAACUAGUAACGUUGCCACAGAGCAUUAAGCAAGUAAACAAAUCAUCUUUAAGCUAACAAAAAACCCCCAAUUGUUAUGGAUGCGCACAUGUUUCGGGUAGGGACAUAAUGCCAAUAGUCUGUAUCUCUGUCUAUCUCACAUCUCUGUCCCCCUUACACACCGUAACAAAUCUUCAUAUAUAAAAGAUGCAGCAUAUAUACAUAUAGUAAUUACACAUUAAAAGAAACAAUGGAAGUUGGAUCAAAGAUAUAUGUAAACAUAUAUACACAUAUCGCUAUAUAUGAAACCAACAUAGACACACCCACACAUACACAAACUAAAACUAGUCCAAACACAAAACUUAACCAAUAUGUAGCCAAGCCUGUUUUUGUUUUAUAAAAGAUAUACUGUUUUGUAAUGAUAAUUGUCUUUUUGUACAUUUCAACAAUCCACUACACACUACUACAAACAGCUAAAAUGAUACAAGAUGUAUAAAAUUGUGUUGAGAUCCAGUAAGGUUUGUUUUUUUUGUUUUCGUCUCUAAGUACUAGUAAGGUUAUGAAUUUGUAAAUAGUUAUAUUUUAUAGAUUGUUAAGCUGUUUUUUUUUGCUUU